UUCCAAAACAAACAAACCUGAAACACGUUAUCCUCCUCCUCCUCAGUUUCCAAACAACUAACAACAACUUUCUUUUCUUCGUCUCUCCCUCUCUCAACAAUGGAGUACGAUUUUAGAAACAGAACAAGCUCACCGUACGACACCCAAUCCCCGAUGUACAGAUCAUCCACGCCAUUAACAACAGCACCACCACCUACCCAUCCUAUGUACGGACCUUCUCUCUAUCCAAGAGUCAGUCAACCCGCGCACCCCGCAAUCCCUCCCGUAUCCCGCCACCACUCCUUCCCCCAACCCUCCUCCUCCUCUCCUUCCUCAGGAUUAGGGAUUCGCGUUAUGAUAAAACCGGAGUACCGCAUCACCCCUCCGCCACAACUGACGCCGCAAAUAGGAGAGAUUCCGCGGAGUAGUGUUCAGUUUGAUUUUGAGCUUGAGAGGCAGAUUAUAGCGGAAGCGGAGAAGGGCAGCGUGAAUUGGAGUAGGUUGCUUGGCUUGGAAAAUCUGCCUUCUAAACCGUUAGAAUCGACUCCUUCAACGGGUCCGACCGCAGAUCCUGUAGAGAGAAAAUAUAUUGCAUCGGGACUCAGUCGAGAUGCUGUUCCUCUUGCAGUUGCAAACUAUGGAGAUAAUCCAACUAAGGUCCAGGAAUUUGUCAAUGGCUACACCCUUCUACGAGAAAUGGGAUUUUCUUCUAGUAGUGUAGCUGAAGCUUUACUAACGUAUGACAAUGACGCCGACAAGGCAUUGGCACACUUCCUUGGCAGUUCAUAAAUUAGCACACCUGAAGCUGAUGGCUUUGUGUGGUAAUGAUUCUUAAAGUGAUGUUAACCAAUACUAGUAUUUAGCUAUGUUUGCCAGACUUUUUAUAUGAUUGUAAAAUAGAUAUCGGACCAAUUUUCCUGGUCAUUUGCUCCUAUGCAAUACGUCCUUCUGUUUUUUGCAAGUA